GAAGACCCUGAUAGAAGACCCUGUCGAGCAGCCAAUCGCGAGGCGGCAUCGUGCGGCGGCGACUAUCCGCACUCUCAGUCUCGAGCCCGAGUCGCAAAGUUAUCGUUCCUCUCUCUUUCGGCCCUCGUCGCGCCAGCGAGCCCAAAAUUCUUUCCGAGUGUUCGAGGCAGAGCGGCAGCAUCAGGAACCAGUGAUCGCCGAUCCUUUCAUCACAGGAUCGUCCGCUGUUGUGUCGAAUUCGCGUUGCACGCGUCGUCAUAUCGGAAAAAUAACGCGCGCGCGCGCUUAAAAUAAACGGCGUUCGCCGGAGAGACUCACGUACGGCCACACUCGCCCACACCACAUCGCACCGGAUCGGACCGGAGAGGAGGGCGAGAGCCUGCUGUAUCGCGUGCGAUUCGCUUGGAGACGGUGUCAACGUAGAAAAGAAUAAACAAGAUGUCGGACCGAAAGGCAGUAAUCAAGAAUGCUGACAUGUCAGAGGAGAUGCAGCAAGAUGCUGUCGAUUGUGCUACUCAAGCCCUCGAAAAAUAUAAUAUUGAAAAGGACAUUGCAGCAUUUAUCAAGAAAGAAUUCGAUAAAAAGUACAACCCAACGUGGCAUUGCAUUGUAGGACGUAAUUUCGGUAGCUAUGUGACGCACGAAACAAGACAUUUUAUCUAUUUCUACCUUGGUCAGGUAGCCAUUCUUCUCUUUAAGAGCGGAUAAACUCGUUUCGCUAUCCUCCUAAAUUCCAUCCUUUUUCCUUCCUCCCUUCCUCCCUUCACUCACUAUGCAAAAUACAUACAUUUAAAAUCACCGCCAUGUGUAAAAGAAAGUUCAUUACUCAUUACGUAUACAUUGAAAAAUUUGUUUUAAAAAGCAACACAUGCUCCUGAUAAGCAAGUGAAGAGAAAUAUCAACGUUUCUUGAUAUAUGUUUCUUGAUUGUCGUUAUGUAAGUGGGAGGAUAAUCCGGAAAAAAAUUCUAAGGAGACAGUCGAAGGAUAGGGAGAUAAACUGGAAAAAGAAAGAAGAAAAGAAUGACAUACAACUUUACAUGUUGAAAUGUAUUUUGUAUGCCAAGAAGUUUGUUGUGUUCUUGUUUUAUAUUAUUAGGUAAAUAUACAGAAUACGGUUGAGUUCAAUACUGGCGAUUUUAACUUAGUAAAUUUUAGCGUAAUUGUUUAACAUGUAUAGUGUUCAAGCAACACUCUAAAUGCAUUACAUAUUUCGCGUUGAGUGGGUUCGCAUCAAGCGUACUCUGCUUGAGUCUAUAUAAAAUUGAAAAUACAUGGUAUCCGUUAAAUAAUCGCCAAUACUGAAUGUAAAACCAAAUGAGAUUGAUUGCCCCUGCAAUUAUGUUAUUUUAUAUCGAUUGGUAACUGUUGUCGUCUCUUACGUACUGCGUACCGAUUAAUUUGAUUUUGUACUCGCUAUGCAACUGCGAUUGACAUUUUUGGUUAGUUUAAGAAUUGUCAAAAUGUUUGAAUGGAAAAGGAAAAAAAGGAGCUCAAUCUCUCGACGUAUGGUGAUCAUCACUGUGCAUCUAAUCUAAACCGAUAACUUUAUUUCGAUCGGAUAUAAAACUAACAUGCUAUUGAAUAA